AUGUUGACAACGCGACAACUGGUUCCCUCUUCUGUGGCACAUAUCGUAUGUCCUCUUCUUCUUGAAGACGGCACUACCGUUUUUCUCACCGCCAUGGGCUCCUUAUUAAAAGUGCAGCAGCCCGUCUGGAAGACCGACCGCGAUGGGAACGAGAGCUGCGUAUUUGUCCCCACAAGGGACGAGCUGCACGUUGGGAGUGUCGCCGUUGCUCUCGUGGCGUGUGCGCAUCAGUGUUUUGUGGUUCUCACACAGGACUGUGAGAUUUUAGUUGGGCGAUAUCAGGCAAAUUUGCCUGCGCCCCCCAACUCCUGGCUUUGCAAUGACGUCUUACACCACAGCAAUGCGUGGAUUGUUCUGUAUCGUGGAAAGUUUUCAGCCAGUCAAGCUGGUGGGUCUUCCAUGCCGGAUGCUCGGCCGCUUUUUGCCACUGGUAUCAACGGGACGACGGUGCAAUGUAGCAUCCUGCGCGGUGUGAUGCACACAAUAAUCAUCGGUAUCCCCAACAAUGCACCCGACACGUUUUUCCGGGAGAAGUGGCUUUUGAGCAUUCCUCAGAGUGUGGGACCUUUCUCAUAUGGUGUUGCUCCGUUUAGACGUGAUGUGAUCGAGCAAUCCGACGAGGAACUGCUCAUGCAGUGCACGGUCGCAGAAUUGGCAGAGCGAAAACAUUUGGAGAGUCCACCACCCGUUGCGCAGUCGUAUGGUUUUCCGCCUGUCUCAGUGACUCUGCUUCACCGCAAUUCGGAUGACCGCAUAAUGUCUAUGGGUCCGAUGCCAGCAAAGCCUUCCCAGGGGCCUGAAAGCUUUGCUUUUGUUUUCGCCAAUCGAUCAUCGUUGAGUGUGCUUGGGGUCUUUUCUUCUUCUUCACGUGGAAAGCUUUUGAAGAAUCUGACUGUAAGCGGUUCCCCUUAUUUUGCAUUAACUCUUCCAGAUCGCAUGUUAGUUCUUUCGCUACUCGGGUGCUUGCAUGUGUUGUCUAUUUUGGCCAUUGAUGCCACAACGCAGGGCGCCAUGCUCACCAUGGUAAGCGGCCACAGGACAGUGCGCAUCGCACGCAGUAUGCAGCACCCGUUUGCUGCUGUGUUGCUGCAAAGGUGCGGUUCCUGGGAGGUGCUGUGGCUGUUGCUUGAAAAUGGCCUUCUGACGGAGGUGUCCCUCGAGAUCUUGCAGUCGUGCAACGGCAAUCGUGAUAUUUGUGACGCGCCUAACAUUCAGUCAGGGGAUUGUGAAGAUGGCGAGUGGCCCAUUGCGUGUAUUAGAGGUUUGCCGCACGGUUUCCGCGCCACAUCGAUUCUGCCGUUUAAUCGUGGUCACAGCACAAAUUUCCAGCCGCACUCAGUGACUCAGCGUUACGUGCUGCUGGGCGACGGCAUCUCUGACACGUACAUUGUUGAUCUCGUAGAACGAUGCGCCGUUGGCGGUUUACUGUCUCAUGGCGCCAUGACAUCGGCUUGCUCUGGCCCUGACAUGGACAUUGUCGUCACGUAUUCAAAAGGCAUGCUGCAGCGACUAUCGCCCGGCGUGAUAUCCCCUUUGCGAGUCCAUGCGGCAUUUGCUGGCGUUCAUCAGAUGUACGCAUUACCACACAUGAACGCGUCGCGAUCAUUGAAUUUGACCCUUUAUUUUUUGGUGACCACCGCCACCCGCACAGCUCUCUUGCGAGGAGCGGCAGGGUGCAUGGAGGAGUUACAAGAAACGGAGGAGUUUGUCUUGGAUGAGCCGACCCUUGCGGCGUUUUCGGCACCCCCAGACGAUGAAAAGGCGGAAGUGUCAUCCCCGCCGUCACUUUCUUUUGCGCAGUGCACGCCUACAUGUCUGAAUCUUGCGGGUACACGCAACUCUCUGAGAGAAAUUCUGUCAAGAAUGGAUCGCGCGUCAAAUGCAUGCUUUGCCGGAGACGAAUUUCUUGCCGUUGCGGAUUCUCAACGCGUUACAAUUCUUUCGAUCAAGGGCAGGAAAACUCCACAUGUCAUUUUGCAGGAACGUGUGUCAGGUGAUGUGUCGCAUUUGGUCGCAUGGAGGCUACCGGAGUCUUCCAAAUGGGCCGUAGCAUCGUGCUUGUGGUCACAAGAGAUCGUCGUAUGGCUGCUGGGCGAGGGUGACACGAAGCGCCACGUGUUGCCUGUUGACGCUGUUGUUUUGUCAGGUUUUCCAGUUAUGGAUGGCGGAGUGGGACUCAAUUUUAUAAACCGCACGGUUGCAGUGUUGCGUUACGCCACGGUGGAGGGUCUUCCUUUCCUCACGGCGAUGGAGGAUGUUGACGGCGGAGCAUUCCGGGCGGAAAUGUGUCUGCCCGUGACCGCCGUUUGUGGGCUCGUCGCCCGCCCCCACUUUAAUCUUGUGGCGGUCAAUGCUCACGUGGUGGAGCUGUUGUUGCUGGGGCCCGCUGCUGUGGUGGAGGAACAGCUGCGUGUCGCGUUGUUCCCUUUGCCGUUGGAUUGCAGGAGCGGCAUUAACGAUAACAGCAGCGGGAAUGACGAGCGGACCUCUGCGGAUGGGGCGUGCGUGCGUCCCAGGCCACUUCGUUGCGGCUUUGUUCUUUAUUUUUCUGCCGCAUCCUUUUACAUGCUGGUGCUAUCGGAUGGCAUGGGCAUUGCCAUGUGGUCUUUCCCGGAUCUCGUUCCGCCAGGUUCGACAAACGCAACCCGUUUUCGUCGAAGUGGUGCUUUGCAGCGAGGCCCCGUGAAGUACCAAGAGUCCCAUGCACUACAACUGCCUUUCAUCACGGCCCAUGACCACAGGCUUACCAAGGCCAUUUACAUGCCCCUUUCCAACACCAUUGUGGCGCUUACAGACCGGGGGGAGGACAUCUCACUUGUUAGUGCUGUGGAUGCAGAGGCGUUUCGCGUGGUUGAUGGACUUCCGAUGGCAUCAAAGGAGAUUCCGAUGUGCAUCGAGUCACUCUCUGGUCCUGUAGUGGAUGUUGUUGUUAUUGGCACAGCGGUGCAGUCAGCUGGAGUCACGACCGACCCUACAUCGGGGCGCCUGUUGCUUGUGCAUGUGAAGCCGCUGCGCGUAUCCUCAGUGGCUUGUAUCACAAAUGGUGGAGCAAUUGACAUCUCUGUGCAGGGCUACGGUGGCGAUCACCUCAUUGCGGUGGCCAGCAUGGACCGUGUGUUAGUAUAUCGUCUGACAGGACUUACUCUCUCGCCUGUCUGUUCUGCAGAAAUGAAAUCUGCAUGCACGACGGUGGCAUUAUGCUACCCUUUUCUUUCCUGUGGGUUAUAUACAUGGGGGACUCAAUACAUGCAGUUGUUGCCACGGGGCAGGGCUGGUGGGGAUGCGGAGGAGUGGGAAACUGUUUCCAUAGAUCAGGAAGACGAUAAGCGUGGGAAUAGCCAAGGUUUCAGCAACAGCAAUACGUGGAACAGUCGAAUGAGUGCUCUUAAGCAGGCAGACAUUUUUUCUUGGACGCGCUUGUGUGGGGUCGAGUUUACUCUUAAGACAUGUGCACUGGAACCUACCGCCUUUGCUGGUGUUCACUCACAGGCCGUCUACGGUGAUGAAUUAGUUCGUGUUGACAAUGAGCGGAAUGUCAUGACGGUCUCCUUUUGGGAUCCACCGGGGCUCGUGGCGGAUGAGGCGCCGGAUACACGUGUCGUUGGCCUUGACGGAAGCUACAGCAGCAUGAUUACGCGCUGUCUGCGUCUGCCGUCGCGUCCGUUGCGAGUUCAGCCGAGCGAGCAGUGGCGUUUACCGUGGCGAUACCGCAAGACUCCGUUUUUGACUUGGUGUGACCGCCUGACUGCGCUUUGGCCUGUUGGUCCAACGCUGCUUUUUCCGUGCGCCGACGGCAGUCUGCACGCUGCGGGGGAAAUUCCCAGCGCCUUUGCAAGUCCGCUGCUGCGGUUGGAGCAGCGCAUCACGGAGCUGUACGACACCACCCUGAGCCUUUCCCGACAGGGCUGUGGUGCCGGUUUGCGCCGCACAUACCACUCGCUUAGUUUUGAGGCGGAGGGCGCCGUGCAGAGUGCCACGCGAGUGCUGCGUAAACAAUUUGUUUUGUAUGGCGAUGCCAUUGAGGAGUUCUUUCUGCUCACGCGCCUCACGGAGAUGCCGGAUCCGCGACUGACGGCGGAGGAACACGAGUGGGUCACCCGCAAGAAGCAACUGAUGGAUGCCCACGUCAAACACGUCUGGGAGGAAUACGCCGGGGAGCUGCAGGAGGUGGACGUAUGCGACAUACUGCACCUUUGGUGA